UUCCCUUAGCGCCACCUCUUCCCUCCCCUUUCCUCUUUUCGCUUCCUCCCCCCCCCCCGCCUUUCUGCCCCCAUGUUCGGUCCGGACAAACUGUUGGGGCAGCUGUCCAAGCUGGACAGAUACGGGAAUAUGGCGACCGUGGGGGAUUUUAACCCGCUCAGCGCCAGCAUCCCCGCGACGAAGGUGGAGGUGUCGGUGUCGUGCAGAAACCUUUUGGACAGAGACACGUUUUCAAAAUCUGAUCCAAUCUGUGUUUUGUAUACCCAAAGUAUGGGAAAUAAAGAAUGGAGAGAGUUUGGUAGAACAGAAGUAAUUGACAAUACUUUGAACCCAGAUUUUGUAAGAAAAUUUAUAAUGGAUUACUUUUUCGAAGAGAGAGAGAACCUGAGAUUUGACUUGUAUGAUGUUGAUUCAAAGAGUCCCAACCUGUCAAAGCAUGAUUUCUUAGGACAAGUGUUCUGUACCCUUGGAGAGAUUGUUGGAUCACAGGGAAGCAGAUUAGAAAAACCAAUUGUAGGAAUUCCUGGGAGGAAAUGUGGCACCAUAAUAUUGACAGCAGAGGAACUGAACUGUUGCAGGGAUGCUGUACUGAUGCAAUUUUGUGCAAAUAAAUUAGACAAGAAAGACUUCUUUGGAAAAUCAGAUCCCUUCCUCGUAUUUUUUCGCAGCAAUGAAGAUGGCAGCUUUACAAUCUGCCACAAGACAGAAGUUGUAAAGAAUACAUUGAAUCCAGUUUGGCAGGCUUUCAAAAUAUCUGUCAGAGCACUUUGCAAUGGAGAUUAUGACAGAACAAUUAAGGUAGAGGUGUAUGACUGGGAUAGAGAUGGAAGUCAUGAUUUUAUUGGCGAAUUCACAACAAGCUAUCGAGAGCUGUCCAGAGGACAGUCACAGUUUAAUGUGUAUGAGGUAAUAAAUCCAAAGAAAAGGGGAAAAAAGAAAAAAUACAUUAAUUCAGGAACAGUAACAUUACUUUCCUUCCUAGUGGAAACAGAAGUUUCAUUCCUUGACUAUAUUAAAGGCGGGACUCAAAUCAAUUUCACUGUGGCUAUUGAUUUCACAGCUUCAAAUGGCAAUCCUGCUCAGCCAACCUCCCUCCACUAUAUGAACCCAUAUCAGCUAAAUGCAUAUGGAAUGGCCUUAAGGGCAGUAGGAGAAAUUAUUCAGGACUACGAUAGUGACAAAAUGUUUCCAGCUCUAGGUUUUGGUGCAAAACUGCCUCCAGAUGGAAGAGUAUCUCAUGAGUUUGCUUUGAAUGGAAACCCUCAAAAUCCUUACUGCCAUGGAAUAGAUGGUGUAAUGGAGGCAUACUACAGGAGUCUAAAAUCUGUACAGCUUUAUGGACCAACAAACUUUGCUCCUGUUGUUAACCAUGUAGCAAGAUAUGCUGCCUCAGUAAAAGAUGGCUCCCAGUAUUUUGUUCUUCUCAUUAUUACAGAUGGAGUAAUUUCUGAUAUGGCUCAAACAAAGGAGUCCAUAGUGAAUGCUGCAAGGCUUCCAAUGUCAAUAAUAAUAGUAGGUGUUGGUCCAGCAGAAUUUGAUGCUAUGGAAGAACUGGAUGGUGAUGUAGUCAGACUUUCCUCAAGAGGAAAAUAUGCAGAACGAGAUAUCGUACAGUUUGUGCCAUUUCGGGAUUACAUUGACAGAACUGGAAACCACAUAUUAAGUAUGGCCAGACUUGCUAAAGAUGUCUUAGCUGAGAUACCGGACCAGUUUCUCUCCUACAUGAGAGUCCGAGGAUUCAAGCCAUCUCCUGCACCUCCACCGUAUACACCUCCUAUUCAUGUAUUGCAGACUCAAAUAUGAGUACUCCAGAUGCUUACUGCUUUUCACAGACAAUGGAGUGCUGCUAAAAAAAAAAAGUGCUCAGUCCAGUACUAUGGUGCACAUUAAAGAGCCAAUGAGCUGAGGCCAAGUGUCCCUCUUUGUAUGCAGUAGAGGUUUCUGGUGGGCCUUUGAGCAAAACAAGUUAACUUCUUAAUACCAAAAUGCCAAACUGGUUGCAUGUGCAACUGAAAAUGCUUUUAUGUACAGGGAGCAAAAUGGUGAUGUUUAUUUCUGAGUUCUUUUUUGUUUCUGACAGGAAAGAAAAACUAGUGUCACAUGUUUUCAGAAACAGCACAAG